AUGGCCUCCAGAGAUCUCCGCCGCCUCAUCGACGGCGCGGCCCUCGUCGCCCGCGAGACUGCCCGCCGCUCUUCCGCUCGCGACGUCCUCAGGUCUGCCCUCCUCGCAGCCACCGACCUCGCCGGCCUCACCAGAGGCACCCCGCGACGGCCGCCCCUUCCUCCUGGACCCCACCCCGGGGCAGCAGCCGAAUCCUCCCGCCCUUCCUCCUCCUCCUCCGUCGUCUACUUCUCCCACCAAGACGCCCCGCCGCGACAACCCCCAUUGGACCAGCAGCUCCUGCCUCACGAGUCCCCCCAACCCGCCCAGACUCUGGAGAUCACAAGCACCGAUACAGCCGCCGCAGAAGCAGAUGCUGCUGAACGCGUAGCCUCGGUGGUCGAUAGAUCCAACGACGAGGAGCUUCGCCCUGAGGCCUCAUCGUCGCCCACGCCUACCCCCUCGCCAGCGCCGGCGGAGAAGAGGCGCCGGCGAAGGGAGCGGAAUGUUCCCUCCACGCCCUUCACCCGAGCCCUCGGCUUUGCAGGUCUCGGCGCCGGUCUCGCGUGGGGAGGCCUCCAGGAAUCGGCCCGGCGGGUGAUGUACGGCACACCGGUUGCGGAUGGUGACCGCUCAGCACUCUCCCCGUUUUUGUCUGACCAGAACGCCGAGCGCGUUGCCCUUGCGCUGUGCCGGAUGCGGGGAGCAGCGCUCAAGGUGGGGCAGAUGCUGAGCAUCCAGGACGAAUCGCUCGUGCCCCCGCCGGUGUUGGCAGCUCUUGAUAUUGUCCGUCAAGGCGCCGAUGUCAUGCCCAGCAAGCAGCUCAAUUCCGUCCUUGACGCUGAGCUGGGUCAAGGAUGGUCCUCUAAGCUCACGAGUUUCGACUACGAACCACUGGCUGCGGCGAGUAUCGGACAGGUCCAUCGAGCAGUCUUGAAGGAUGGUUCAGAUGUUGUCAUGAAAAUACAGUAUCCUGGGGUUGCAGACAGUAUAGAAAGCGAUAUCGAGAAUGUUAGGCUACUCUUGACUUACACAAAUCUCAUCCCCAAAGGUCUUUUCCUUGAUAGAGCUAUAAAGGUCGCAAAGGAAGAGCUGGCAAGGGAAUGUGACUAUGUCAUAGAAGCUAGUAACCAGAAGCGGUACAAAGAGUUGCUCUCUGAUAGUGAGGGCUAUUACGUCCCUAAGGUCACUGAUGAAUUGUCAAGCAAAAAGAUUCUGACAUCAGAGUUUGUUCCAGGAGUUCCUAUCGAUAAGGUGGCAGUACUAAGCCAGGAAACCCGCAAUUAUGUUGGAUGUAAACUUCUUGAACUGACGAUAAAGGAGUUAUUUGUCUUCAGAUUUAUGCAGACUGAUCCAAAUUGGAGCAAUUUCCUUUAUGAUGAUUCUAGAAGGCAGUUUAAUCUUAUUGACUUUGGGGCUGCCCGUGAAUUCCCUAAAAAGUUUGUAGACGAUUACCUUCGUAUGGUAGUUGCAUGUGCAAAUAGAGACAGAGACGGUGUGUUAGAAAUGUCCCGCAGACUGGGAUUUCUCACAGGCGAGGAGCCGGAGGUCAUGCUGGAUGCCCAUGUCGAGGCGGCCUUCAUCGUUGGGGUGCCAUUCUCAAGACCUGGUGGCCACGACUUCCGUGCAAACAACAUCACGCACAGUGUCUCAAACCUUGGUGCUACCAUGCUGAAGCACAGGAUGACUCCGCCUCCAGAUGAAGUCUACAGCCUCCAUAGGAAGCUGUCAGGUGCAUUCCUGGCCUGCAUCAAGAUUGGUGCAGUUGUUCCCUGUAGAGAAAUGCUGUUGGAGGUUUACGAGCAAUACGAUUUCAGCGAGGAUCACUCGGAAGUUCCUUCAAGCACUGUGUAGAAACAUGAAAGCCGUGAUUUGUUCUUUCCUUCUUUCUAAAUCAUCAACUAGAUACAUGCUAGUUGCAGCUCGUUUUUUUGUUGUUGUUGAAAGUUUUGCAAUCGGCUUCUCUAUUCAAGUUCAGACUGAACUGAUAAUGUGACAAAUCAUAUUCUCCAUAACAUGGAAAUUGAAGUGAUGUGAUUUUUGUC